GCCGCGCUCCAAUUGCACUUAUUAGCUUCGUUUACAGUUAGUAUGCUAUUUGUCACGCAGCACCAUUUAUAUCUGUUAUAGACUGCUAUUUGGAAAAAUGUCCAUGUAUCUUUCUCCCCUGCAUUACUAUUCAAUUAAUUAUUUAAACAUUUCAUGAGAACAGAAUAAGAUGCACUUGCUGUCCCCUGUGUCAUUGCAUGUUAGCAUCACAACAUGCUAACAUUAGCCAGCAGUGCUGCGUUUGCGAAACAUGGGAGUUUUGACCAAGUACUAGCAAAACGCUCUCAUUUUCAUAAUGCUGUGGGUUAUGUUUAAUUCUUUUAUUCACAUUUCUUAUAGAUGUUGCAAUCGUGUAAAUCGCAGGAUUGUUCAUCUAUCACGUGUCAAAACAAACCGAGUAUGCGCACGCGCACAAUGUGGAUUAGAGGGUGCUCCUGGUCCACAUACGCAAUGCUGAAAAAAACAACAACAAACGAAUUCUUGAAAAUAGCAAAUGUUGCCACACUAAGCUCCAUACACUGAAACGUAAAAAUAAAUGUUAAGGCUGCUCCCAUGUUUUAAUAAUAAACCAUUAAUUUUCAAUUUUUCUGUUUGUUUUUUUUUUUAUUAUUUUUUUUUACAUGAAUUUUCUACGGUGACAGACUGGUCCUCAGUUGGGUUGCAGGUGAGCCGGGUCCUAUCCCAGCUGUAUUUGGGCAAGAGACUGGGUAUACCCUGGACUGGUCGCCAGUCCAAAAUUAGGAGUCAUAUAGACAAUCAUUGUCAUUCACAUUCACACCUGUCGACAAUUCAAUCUUCAAUUAACCUAAUGUGAAUAUUUUUGGAAUGUGGGAGGAAGCCAGAGUGCCCGGAGAAAAUCCACCCUAACACGGCAAACUCUACACAUUAAGGCCGAAGGCAAUACAUUAGAACUUUGAGGCAGACGUGCUAACCACUUGGUCACCAACAGUGAUGGGUAGAUGAGGCCUUGGGAAGCGUUGUGGCACAUUGGGCAAACUGUAUGGAUACUGUCGGUACUGUUUCCCUGUGUUGCUCAAUAUGGACACCAGCUGGAUCUUAAAUAUCAUUGCAGGCAACCUAUACAAUAUUAUUUAGGUUAUUGUAUGUUAUAUUGUCUUAAUCCUAAAUGUAAAAUAUCUUUGGUAUCUUUAAAAUAUAGUAAAUACAAAUUGUGAACAUGUGUCAUAAUGUGAAAAUCAGAGUGGUAAUGAUUAUGAGUGUGAUGUUGCUUAUGUAGUUGUGUUUGAGGCAGAAAGUUUAAAAAAUUGUUUUUCAUGUUUAAAAAAAAAAAAUCAGUUUUGGCAUUCAGGUGAUUCCUUUUUUUUUGUUUUUAAUUUUUUUUUUAAGAGCAAUUUCUCCAGCUUAUGAGCACUCUCUCUCACACAAGGCACUGAUUGGGUUUCUGAGCCUAAAAACUGUAGACCGCCAAAAGAGGUCCAUAUACAUUUACAUGAAAUAUUAAAUUACAUUUACCAACUAAUAAUGCAAUUCAGCACUACCUGGUCUAAUGCAUGCUUCCUGAAAGCUUGAUGUUAAAAAAGGAAAUAGCCUAAUUUAAAAACACAUAUUAUUAAUAAAGCGACCAGGAGGAAGUUGUAAAAUGUCUGUACGCCUGUGUUUAGUGUUUUUGUGACUUUUUUUUCCCCCCCAUGCCUCGAUCGCUUUGUGCAAGGAGGGGCUUUAAUUUACUUUGGACGGUUCAGUCGAACUAAUGUGACACUUAACCUUCAGAAAAUAAAAUGAAUUAUUUCAAUUAUACGGCACGGUGUCCGACUGGUUAGAGCGUCAGCCUCACAGUUCUGAGGACCCGGGUUCAAUCCCUGGCCCCGCCUGUGUGGAGUUUGCAUGUUCUCCCCGUGCCUGCGUGGGUUUUCUCCGGGCACUCCGGUUUCGUCCCACAUCCCAAAAACAUGCAUGAAUUGGAGACUCUAAAUUGCCCGUAGGCAUGCCUGUGAGUGCGAAUGGUUGUUUGUUCCUAUGUGCCCUGCGAUUGGCUGGCAACCAGUUCAGGGUGUACCCCGCCUCCUGCCCGAUGACAGCUGGGAUAGGCUCCAGCACGCCCGCGACCCUAGUGAGGAUAAGCAGUAAAGAAAAUGGAAGGAUGGAUGGAAAAAACGCGACCAUACUAAACAGAAAAUGGAUGGAUGGAUGGAUUUCAAUUAUAGUUACUUUGAAAGAGAUUUUAAUUCUGAUGGAUCAAACGGAAACUGAGAGGAGGAAAUGAAAACAAAUACGUUAUUUGUCGAUACAUAUAAGACAAAAGUAGUCCCACAUUGAGCUCUGUAUCACAAUGGGUUGAAGGGAAGAAUUGUGCUUUAAAAGAUCCAUGAUUCUUUUGGCAGAGACUCAUCCCGUAGAUCUGGCCUGGCCAACCCGCGGCUCGCGAGCCUCAUGCGGCUCUUUAACUAGUUUCAUGCGGCUCUUCAGGAGCUGUCACAUGACAUGCGUCAAAAAUGCUUGGCUGGCGCUGUCAUUCACUUCCCCUACAGCUAGAUGGCACACUGACCAUGUAAGCCUGUUUGAGUGACGUCAAACGAGCGACGAGAGAAUCUUUGGUGUGAGAGUUUAUAUUUUUUUGUUAAACGUAAUGGCAAGCCGAUCUGCCUUAUAUGUCACGCAGCAUUAGCGCAUUUCAAAGCUUCAAAUCUUCAGCGUCACUUCAGCUCACUCCACCCUAACAUCGAACAGGAAUUUCCAAAAGGGACUGAACUUCGCAAGAACAAGUUGGUCGCUUUGAAAAGCAAGGCAGAAAAGCAGGUGCAGUUUUUCAAAAAAUUUACAAAACACUCGGAGACCGUAACGCUUGCAUCAUAUCAGCUGGCUUGGAACAUAGCACGGGCUAAAAAGCCAUACAAAAAAUGCCUCAUUGACGCCUUUGAAAUCUUGGCUCCUGGAGACGACAAACUAAAACGGAGCGUAUCAGACGUUCAACUGUCCCGCCACAGUGUUAAACGCAGAAUAUCGGAUAUUAAUACAGCUGUUGAAUCACAGUUGCACUCUGACCUUCAAGCAUGUGAGUAUUUUAGUGUGGCAUUGGAUGAGAGUUGUGACAUACAAGACAAGCCUCAGUUGGCAAUAUUUGCACGGUCUGUGUCAAAUGAAUGUAUGAUCAAAGAAGAACUUCUUGAUAUUGUGCCAUUAAAAGACAGAACCCGUGGCAUAGAUGUGAAAGAAGCAAUGAUGGCUGCGUUUGCAAAAGCAAAUCUGCCCAUACCGAAACUAACUGCAAUAGCCACGGAUGGAGCGCCAGCCAUGAUCGGAUCCAUGAACGGGCUUGUGGGGCUGUGCAAAGCUGAUCAAACAUUUCCCGACUUUUGGAAUUUCCACUGCAUCAUCCACAGGGAGCAACUCGUGUCUAAAUCAUUGAAUUUAAACAACGUCAUGAAGCCUGUGAUGGAAAUCGUCAACUACAUCCGCACACAUGCGCUUAACCACAGGCAAUUCAGGAAUCUCAUCGCUGAGCUGGACCAAGGGCUUCCAGGUGACCUGCCGCUGCACUGCACUGUGAGGUGGCUGUCAAAAAGCAAGGUACUCUCUCGCUUCUUUGAGCUUGUGGAUGCUGUGAAACUGUUCAUGGAAGAGAAGGAGAAGGACUAUCCCGAGCUCUGGCAUUUUCAGUCGACAUGCUGUGUCACUUGGACAGACUGAACCUGACCCUGCAGGCCAGUGAGCAAGUCACCAGCGCCGCCCUGAAAAAGAAAAGAGACAGAUAUGCAACACUGGUUGCAAACCUGCACGAAAGCUUUGUGACCCGGUUCUGUGAUCUACAACUGAAAAGACCACAGAUUACGUUCCUCGUCGACCCAUUUAAUGCGGAGACAGACUGUUUGAAAGCCCCGCUCGUCACAGAUGAGGCUGCGGCUGAGUUGGAGAUGAUCGACCUUUGUGAGGAGGAUCAACUGAAAGCUGUUUUAAGGGAAGGGACCGUUGAGUUCUGGAAAAGUGUGCCAAUUGAAAAAUACCCCAACAUCAAACGAGCUGCGCUUAAGAUACUGUCCAUGUUUGGGUCAACGUACGUCUGCGAGUCUGUGUUUUCUACCCUGAAACGUGAAAUCAAAGCAUCGAUCUGUUCUGACUGACACUCAUUUGAAAGAAUUGCUUAGAGUGGCAACAACAGAAUACAAGCCAGAUUUGAAGAGGAUUGUUCAAGAUAAGGAAUGCCAGAAGUCUCACUAAGCAGCAUAGUAAGAGAAAUAUGUUAUUGAACAUUAUUCUAUUAUUGUUUGUGGACUUGCUUGAACUGAGAGUUUGUGUGUGUGAGACAGUGCACACAAUGUUAACUGUUGAAAAUUACUGAUAUUAUCAUGUUGGUGUGGUUAUUUUCAUUAGAUCUGGCUGAGCAGAGGUCUGUGUAUGCGUGCAUACAUGAUUAAAAGAUGAUGUUCA